CGAUCGCGGGGCUUUUUUUGGGGGGGGAAGCCAGCUAGUCUUGGGGGGCAGGUGACCUCAGCCGGCAGCCACCCCAGGCGCUCCUGGCCUGAACCCCGGACGGACGCGGCCGGCUCCUCGCUUAAGAUGGCAGCGGAGCAGCCCGGGGAGCUCGGCGGGGCGUGCGAGUUCUUGAAAGAUCGGUUAUAUUUUGCUACUUUAAGGAAUAGACCAAAAAGCACAGUAAAUACCCACUAUUUCUCCAUCGACGAGGAGCUGGUCUAUGAAAAUUUCUAUGCAGAUUUUGGACCUCUGAACUUGGCAAUGGUGUACAGAUACUGCUGUAAACUUAACAAGAAACUGAAAUCAUACAGCUUAUCAAGGAAGAAAAUAGUGCAUUACACCUGUUUUGAUCAACGGAAAAGAGCAAAUGCAGCAUUUUUGAUAGGUGCUUAUGCUGUAAUCUAUUUAAAGAAGACACCAGAAGAAGCCUACCGAGCACUCUUGUCUGGCUCGAACUCCCCCUAUCUCCCAUUCAGGGAUGCUUCCUUUGGAAAUUGCACUUAUAACCUCACCAUCCUCGAUUGUUUGCAGGGAAUCAGAAAGGGCUUACAGCAUGGGUUUUUUGACUUUGAGACAUUUGAUGCGGAUGAAUAUGAACACUAUGAGAGAAUUGAGAAUGGCGACUUCAACUGGAUUGUUCCAGGAAAAUUUUUAGCCUUUAGUGGACCACAUCCAAAAAGCAAAAUUGAAAAUGGUUACCCCCUUCAUGCCCCUGAAGCCUACUUUCCAUAUUUCAAGAAGCACAAUGUGACGGCCGUGGUGAGGCUAAACAAGAAGAUCUACGAGGCAAAGCGCUUCACCGACGCGGGCUUCGAGCACUAUGACCUCUUCUUCAUCGAUGGCAGCACCCCCAGUGACAGCAUUGUGCGCAGGUUCCUCAACAUCUGUGAGAACACAGAAGGGGCCAUCGCAGUUCACUGCAAAGCUGGUCUUGGAAGAACAGGGACGUUGAUAGCCUGUUAUGUCAUGAAGCAUUACAGGUUCACACACUCUGAAAUAAUUGCUUGGAUCAGAAUAUGCCGGCCUGGCUCUAUCAUAGGACCCCAGCAACACUUCCUGGAAGAAAAACAGGCAUCUUUAUGGGUUCAAGGAGAUAUUUUCCGAUCCAAACUGAAAAACAGUACAUCAAGUGAAGGAAGUAUUAAUAAAAUUCUUUCUAGCUUGGAUGACUUGUCUGUUGGUGGAAACUUAACUAAAAUACAAAACAUGGAAAGAUUUGGAGAGGUAAAUAAUUUAGAAGAAGAUGACGAUAUGGAAAUGAAAAAAUAAUAUGCCCAGGGAGACAAACUACGUGCCUUAAAAAGUCAGAGACAGCCACGGUCCUCACCAUCCUGUGCAUUUAGGUUGGAUGAUUUGAAAGGACAUCCAGAGAACAUUUUUUCUCCACAAAGAAUGUGUUCUUCCUCACAAGGAUCAGCAUCUACUUUGAAGACCCCAAAAUGGCUUUGUCCCCCUUCAGUGACAGCCAAGAGGAUAAACAGAGGCUCUUUGUCCUCAGGCAACACCACUCUUUUUCCAUAAACUCCCCGGCUAGCCAGUUCUCUGGGGAACUUGAAUGCUGCUACCGAUGAUCCAGAGAACUAAAAUCCCACAUCCACAAAGGCGGGUCAUAUAGCUACUCCCUUCACCAACCUCUUGAAUGGCGGCUCCCAGUUGCCUGCCAGAAAUUAUCCUGAGCUCAAUAAUAACCAGUUUUGCCGAAGCAAUAGCAGCAGCGGAAGCAUCCUGAACAACCAGCUUGAGCCCCCUCAAUACCAAGAGGAGAGGAAACAUAGCACCAUCCUCCGACCCACCUACUCUGGCCUUUCUUCUUCUUCAGCAAGAUUCCUGAGCCGAUCUAGAUCCCCGUAAGGUUCGCAGACAACACCUCUUGGUCCUCAGAACCCUGAACCAAAAUUUUGUGCCUUGCCUUUCCAGCCAGGUGACAGGGAGGAACCAAAGAAAUUUAAUAGCACCAAGGAAGCUUCUGAGUAA